CAGUGUAUAUAGGCUGAGUUUAUGCACAGAACUUAAAUUUGUAUUGUGAAACUUUUAGUUUUACAUGUUGUGUUUGUAAAGUGUUCUCAACGUUUCACGUGUCAAAAGAAACACGUUUGUCCUAAAACAUGACGUGUAAUAACCCGUGCAGUAAACACGUCAUGUAGCUUCAUCCUGUCUUCUCUGUCCACAGUGAAGGAUGAACGAGCUCUCYUUCAGUGAGCUUUGCUGCCUGUUCUGCUGCCCACCUUGUCCGAGCCGCAUCGCAGCCAAGCUCGCCUUCUUGCCCCCUGAGCCCACCUACGCCCUCCUGCCCGACCCCGAAGCAGGACCCGCCGCCGCGGGCUCAACGGGGACGUCGAGCUUGCGGUCCAGGAGYGGCGCUUCGGUUUCGGGAAGUGGAGGUUCUGGGGGCGUGGAGGGGAGAUGGAAGCUCCACCUGACGGAGCGAGCGGAGUUUCAGUACUCUCAGAGAGAGCUGGACACGAUGGAGGUGUUCCUCACUCGCUCCAGCAGAGGCAACAGAGUCGGCUGCAUGUACAUCCGCUGCGCACCCAGUGCCAGAUUUACCGUGCUUUUCUCCCAUGGAAACGCCGUCGACCUGGGCCAGAUGAGUAGUUUCUACAUUGGCCUCGGCACUCGCAUCAACUGCAACAUUUUCUCCUACGACUACUCGGGCUACGGUGUCAGCACCGGGAAGCCCACGGAGAAGAACCUGUACGCAGACAUAGAUGCUGCCUGGCACGCUCUGCGCACGAGGUUUUGUAUCAGUCCUGAGAACAUUAUCCUGUAUGGACAGAGCAUCGGUACCGUACCCACCGUGGACCUGGCRUCACGGUACGAGUGUGCCGCCGUGGUUCUUCACUCACCUUUAACAUCUGGUAUGAGAGUGGCCUUUCCUGAAACAAAGAAGACCUACUGCUUUGAUGCUUUCCCCAACAUCGAGAAAGUGUCAAAAAUCACGUCUCCGGUGCUCAUCAUCCACGGGACAGAGGAUGAGGUGAUUGACUUCUCUCACGGCUUGGCCCUGUUCGAGCGCUGCCCAAAGGCGGUGGAGCCUCUGUGGGUGGAGGGGGCGGGGCACAACGACGUGGAGCURUACAGCCAGUAUCUGGACCGUCUGCGGCGGUUCAUCGGACAGGAGCUGGCAGUACAACACGCCUGACCUUCAACAAGUUCCACCGGUAUUAUCUUAACUGCCUUUAUCUCCCCCCCCCUCCUCCACCUCUCUACGUCAAAAAUAGAAGCCCAAAUAUUUAAAUCGCUCUUCAACUGACCACGACUUCCUGGAGCGAAGGGUCACACCGUUUCAGACGUCUUUAACGGCUCACUGGAGAAGAAAUCCUGUGAGCAGAAAGACUUUAAGCUACAACUAACGUUUCUGAACAUCACACCAAGUGUGUCUAUUUUGUGCAAUAACAUGGAGAGCUUCCACAGGAAAAAGGCUUUUAUUGAUACGAAAAAAUGACAACUUGUCUGAAAAAGUGAUAAAUUAUGGAGAAGAACCACGUUUCUUUUAGAUACUUCUAUGUUUGUAACUUUAAUAUCUACAAACUAAAGUUGUCAAAAUAAUGUUGAAGCACUUUAAUUAGAGAAGUCUGUGCUCAAAAAUGGAAAAUAUGAUUUUCUGCAAAUAUGAAAAAAAAAAUCUGUUUCUGAUUUUUUUUAGUUGAAUCACAACCGCUACAAUCAAGUGGAAACCUUUUAGGAUCAUUAAGAAGAAUUUCAUACGUUGAUUUAAAGCUGUAGUUUCUGAUGGGGUGGUUUGGUGUUGGACUGCAUUAUUCUGGUCUAAUAUAGUGUUUUUCUUCUGUACGUACUGUGGGAGUGGGAUAAAACUGGUGGCUGGUUGGAAAAAGAAAAUGGAUGUGGGUUUUAGUUUUUACUGUUGAAAUGUUUUACUCAGGUAACAGUUUUACACAUCAGGGUAGGCGUUUUAGAGCUCGACRGCUCAUAAAAAUCUUUAUUAUAGACUCCAUGUCUGGGUUUUCUGGUUUCCAAUUUGAACCAAGUAAUAAUUAAGGUACGAAUGAGUUUUUGGAGCAUCGAGCUUCCUGUCGUCUUUGAAAUACRUUUAUAUACUAGAAGUUUAAUCCCUCUUGUUUCUGUUUUAAAGAUUUUUGUUUUUGUCGACCAUCUUCCUGUUUUAUUAGUGAGAGACAACACUAAAAUCUACUCGAGCCUUAGUUGUCUACUUUCUAGUCUUUUUGAUACAAAUACUGCUUAUAUUAACUUCAAACUAAAUUUUAACCAAGUCUCACUUUUGUUCAGAUAAAUAAAUAAGAAGUUUGAACUGAAA